GCCCGUGAGCGUUGAGAUAGUAGUAGAGCGUUGCAGGCUCUACUACGGGUGCCGAGGGAGGGUUAAGCCAAAGCGCUCAGAAGGCGGGAAGCAGUCGCGUAGCGAUUGUCUCACUUCCUGCUAACGGCGCCUGGGCCCCGGAGCAACAUGCCCAAGUUUUAUUGUGACUAUUGUGACACAUACCUCACCCAUGACUCUCCAUCUGUGAGAAAGACUCACUGCAGUGGUCGGAAACACAAAGAGAAUGUGAAAGAUUACUAUCAGAAAUGGAUGGAAGAACAAGCUCAGAGCCUGAUUGAUAAAACAACGGCUGCAUUUCAACAAGGCAAAAUUCCACCUACUCCUUUUUCUGCUCCACCUCCUGCGGGAGCCAUGAUCCCCCCUCCUCCCAAUAUGCCUGGUCCUCCAAGACCAGGUAUGAUGCCAGCUCCCCAUAUGGGUGGACCUCCAAUGAUGCCAAUGAUGGGCCCACCUCCUCCAGGAAUGAUGCCAGUUGGUCCUGCUCCAGGGAUGAGGCCGCCCAUGGGAGGACACAUGCCAAUGAUGCCAGGGCCUCCAAUGAUGAGACCUCCCUCCAGGCCAAUGAUGGUGCCAACGAGGCCAGGGAUGACCCGUCCAGAAAGAUAGAAAUAGAAGUGGAGCUACACUUUCCUUUGUUUCUGUUUUAUGUUCUUCUUCACCAGAACAUCAUGGUGCUGCAUCUCCAGGAUUUUAUAUCAAAACGGUGUGAUGACAAGACCUGCUGCCCCUUCAAACUGCAGAAGGUCUGAUCUAGGGAGCACUGGGCUGAUGCAUUGUAACUGUUUUUUGCACCAUUUGCUUUUGAAAUGUAACAAUAAAAUGUUGAUGCUGGUUUAGAUACAGAGAA